GAGAUCACAUGGCCACUGUACCCAUUAGCCGCGUUUAUGUCUUCUCUGGGCGGGAAGUCCGUAACUGGCCAAUUGGGUGCGAAUAGCGGCUGCCGAGCGUCAGGCAUGUACCCCCAGAGAGCCAAGAGAAGGCUCCGCCCAGAACCAUUACAGCCCAACCAUUCCCCACUGGCCAGAAUGGCCCCCCAUCACCGUGUCAAGGAGGAGCCCAAUGAGCCCAGGAUCAGAGGGAAGAUCCCAAAGCUGCAAACUAGUGAGGGGACACUCAGCAGCCGAGACUAUGAAGAGAUAUUCGGAGCGGUGCUGGGAAACCCGGGCCGAGCUCCCCCUCAGGUGACAGGAGGAAUUACAGACGCUGGGGAUGUCGAUCCGGCGCUGAGGGUUACGCCUUGGAAGCACAAAAGGAACCCAACAGCACCGCAGGCAGAACCUCCUGGCUCGGCCCCGAUAGAAUCAGCAAAGGCAUCACCAGUGGGCCCCUGGCAGAGAGGUGUGUGUGUGGCGUGGGUGCAGUGUGCUGAGCCGAACUGCAAGAAAUGGCGCAGACUGGGGCAGGACGUGGAUCCAUUGCUUUUGCCUGAAGAUUGGUGCUGUGAGCAGAAUAUGGAAUCCCAGUACCGCAGCUGUGCAGAACCAGAGGAGCCCUGCUCAGGAGAUGUGGAUCUCAUUUACGCUGCAUUUAUACCUGGCUGCCUCGUGUGGGCCAAGCAGUCUGGUUACCCUUGGUGGCCGGCAAUGAUAGAUUCUGAUCCAGACUCAGCUUAUUUUUUUAAGUUCAAACAUUGUACAGAUCCACUGCCUUGGAAAUAUCACGUGACAUUUUUGGGGGACGCGGUGUCCCGAGCCUGGAUUUGUAGCAGCCACCUGAAACCCUUCCGUGAUCACUCUCCAGAGAGCCUCAAGGUGUAUAAGGAGAAGAACCAGGAGCUGAAGAAGAUGCUCGUUAAAAGUAUUGGGAUGGCAAAUGCGGUCCUUUCCCUGGGCAUUCAGGAGCGCCUGCAUUCAUUCGGAUUUUGCCGUCGCAGUGGGCUGAACGUAUGAGUCUCUAUGGGACUGGUGCCCACGCUGUCCCCUGGCACUGAAGGACCAACACGCCCAAAUGCACAACUGUAAUUCUCCUGAUUCUUCUUUGUUAAGGUUGUAUUUUUAAACUGAUAUUUAUGUCUUUGAAUGAACAGAAGUUCUGUCAAAACAUGUUUUUAUUUGCUUUAAAAAAAAGGGUUCAGAUAGGGCAGAUGUACAUCCAGAUUGGGGCACCCUUGUAUGCCCCGAUGCCAUCUGCUUCCCCGGGUACAGUAAGGGCGCUGAUGCAGGAGAGCCUUGGAAAAGAUGCCCCUUGCCCUUCGUUUCAUAUAUCAUCAUUUAGGGCUUUACUUGCCCUUUACCCCACCUGCUGUACUCAGCUUUAUGGCAUCUCACUGCACUUCCUGUCACAUGACAUUUUAGAAAUUCUUCCAACAAAUGGGAAGAAAUUGUGUUUUGUUUUUUUUAGUAAACAAGAAUAUUUCUCAUUGUAUUUUAAUGGCACAUUUUAAAGAAAAAACCCAUUUUACUUCAAGGAGGGGAUGAAAAGUGUGUAUUUUACCUAAAAAAAUGACAAAAUUGUGUAUUUUACUGAAAGAAAGUGACAAAAAGUGCCUAUUUUACUGAAAGGAAGUGACACAACUGUACCGUUUGUGUGAGAGUUCACUUUCCAGGCGUUGGGAUGUCGGCAGUGAGGCGAUAAGUGUGUGUGUUUGUGUUGCACAAAUAAAGUUGUGAUGUUGAUGUUGCAGGAA